AUGGAUAUUGAAGAAUUUGCUAGACAGGAAGCUGCGACAAAAACAUCAACUGUUCAACAGAAAAAAGGCUACGAUGAUAUUGUCAUUUCAGAAAGUUCACGAAGUACAAACAAACCAAAUAUAAAUUCAUUGAUGGAACAAAGUGAUGCUACAGUGCACGGUGAUCCAGAUCAAACUAUUACAGAUUUUAAAGCACCAUCAUCAUUAUCUAAGGAAUUAGAUCAAUCACAAGCAACUACCACUACAAAUGUUACCUUAAAUGAAUUUGAACAUGACCAAAAAAAGAGUACAAUUGAUCAAAAGCGGUCUCCUUCGGUGCAAAACAAAGUAACACCAAAACCUCAAGUGUUACCUUCACGAUAUCUAGUGCAUCAACAAACAGGUAAUUUACAAUUUAUUGAUAUAAAAUUUGGUAUUUUAGGAAAUUUCUAA